AUGUCUGCGAGGACAAGAACCAAGUCUAGGAGCAUAAAAGAAGAAAUAACGCCCAUUUGCGCCUUCUUCAGAACCAAUGCUCUCCUGUUUCUACAGCCUGCGCUCGCAUUGUCUGGGUCAGGAACACUAGUUCCGCAAGCAUCUCAGUCCUCCGUAUUUAUAUCCUCGCCCACUCCGUCGAUCUCAACAAUAGCUCCAACAAUCUGCAAUGGCCACUCAGAGUACUGUACCCGGUCCUACUCAAAUAUCACAUUCGUAGGCUCCCACGACUCAGCCUUUGUCGGACCCUUACCCCAGCAGAACCAGAAUAUCGAUAUAAAAGCCCAACUCGACAUGGGAAUCCGGUACCUACAAGCACAAACACACCAUUCCAUCAUCGACAAAAAGGUCAUAGAGCUAUGCCAUACAUCAUGUCUCCUUGAAGAUGCAGGACCACUCAAUUCAUUUUUGACGACUAUCAAAAACUGGCUGGAUGCACACCCGAACGAAGUUAUCACUCUCCUCUUGACCAACGGAGACUCAGUAUCAAUCACCGAAUUUGGGGACACUUUCUCCAGCAGCGGGAUUUCCCACUAUGCUUACGUUCCUCCCGCAAAUCCGCUACCAAUUGGAAAAUGGCCUACACUGGGUGAUAUGAUCUCUAGCGGAAAGAGAUUGGUCGUAUUCCUUGAUUACGGUGCCGACACUAAAAAAGUGAACUACAUUCAAGACGAGUUUGCCUACUACUUUGAGACAGUCUACGAUGUCACAGACGCCUCGUUCUCGAGCUGCAGCAUCGACCGGCCCUCUGGCGCCGCCGCUACAGGCCGUAUGGGCAUUGUCAACCACUUCCUCGACGUCGAUAUUCUCGGAAUAAAGAUUCCAGCUCGCCACAAGGCAGGCACUACUAAUGCUGCGACGGGAUAUGGUAGCAUUGGCGCCCAGGCGGCGCUAUGUGCUGGGCUGUAUGGGCGUGCACCGAAUGUGGUGCUAGCGGACUUUGUGGAUAAGGGGGAUGUUAUUACGGCGCAGAAGAAUUCGAAUGGGUUCUAG